AUGUCAAAGUUUCUAAGCCAGUCUCUGAUCUACCCCCUCCUUGAUGCAGCAUGCAGUGUCCUGGCUGCCAGAGAUGGUACCGCUUUGAAAGGUGAGAAUGCAAAACCUGGUAAGACAGAGGUCCUACAAUAUGCCCAUAAGCAACCCCUCUUUCGUAAAAAGAGACAUAUAGUCAAUGUGGGCAUAGAAGAGCAGGAUGAUGAAUUUAUCCUGCCUCUGUCAUGGGAGACUGUAGCCCAGCAUGUCCAUCAAUAUUUUAUGAGCCUCCUGACCAGUUUGCCAAAUGGAUGUGAGCAGCUAUCCUUACUAGAGCAGCUCUUAGCUUUUAGCAUGUUCAACAAGGAUGAUGAUGUCCAAUCAGUAAACUACCUCACCACUUCCUGUGCCUGUAUGCAAUGUGGCCUCUCCUCAACUCAAUUCCAUGCUGCUUUCCUCAGCAGCUAUAAGGCAGUCUACAACAUUUCUUCCCAUCAUGAUCUUUAUAAAACAGAAAUUCGACAAGAGUUAGACUUUGGAAAAAAGGGGAUAGAGGAGAAGGAAAAUGCACAAAUUAUCAACAAUGAAGAUGAAGAGCUCAUUGAUGCCACUGAUGAAGAAGAGAACAUUAUCACACAAGCCAGUGAUGAAAAUGACAUAGUCAUCCCAGACAUAGACUUGGCAGAUCUUUGCAACUUUGACUUUGGCAUCCAUCAAUCAGAUAUAUCUGAGGAAGAUUUUCAUGAUAGCAGUCCUAAAGAUGUCUAA